ACUCAGAGUCAUUUCCAGUCUCUUAGUUUUAUUUUGCCACGUCGGUUUUGUGGAACAUACUUUUUAAAAUUUCUUAUUUCUUUGGUCAUUUUUCUCUCAUCAUGCCUCUUCGUCUCGAUGUUAAGCGCAAGUUAUCAGCACGUUCAGACCGUGUUAAAAGUGUUGAUUUACAUCCAAGUGAGCCAUGGAUGUUAGCAAGUUUAUACAAUGGAAAUGUGCACAUUUGGAAUAUUGAUUCACAAACAUUAAUCAAAACUUUUGAAGUUACUGAUUUGCCAGUGAGAGUAGCAAAAUUUGUGACUCGCAAAAACUGGGUGAUCACUGGCUCGGAUGACAUGCAUCUACGCAUUUAUAACUAUAAUACUUUGGAAAAGAUUCAUGGUUUUGAAGCUCAUAGUGACUACCUACGAUCCAUUGCAGUCCACCCAACUCAAUCAUACAUCCUUAGCAGUAGUGAUGAUAUGCUCAUUAAGCUUUGGAACUGGGACAAAAACUGGCAGCUUCAGCAAGUGUUUGAAGGACAUACACAUUAUGUGAUGCAAGUUGUCAUCAAUCCUAAAGAUAACAAUCAGUUUGCAAGUGCUUCUUUGGAUAGAACCAUUAAGGUUUGGCAACUAGGAUCUACAGCACCAAACUUUACAUUGGAAGGACAUGAGAAGGGUGUAAAUUGUGUUGAUUAUUUUCAUGGAGGAGAGAAACCUUACCUCAUCUCAGGAGCUGAUGAUAAAGCUGUGAAAAUAUGGGAUUAUCAGAAUAAAGCAUGCGUACAAACAUUGGAAGGUCAUGCACAGAAUGUUUCUUGUGUUGGUUUUCAUCCUGAGUUGCCAAUUAUUCUUUCUGGUUCUGAAGAUGGUACUGUAAGAAUAUGGCAUGCCAACACAUAUCGUCUUGAGAAUACUCUCAACUAUGGCCUUGAGAGAGUGUGGACUAUCUCUAUGAUGAAAGGAUCAAAUAAUGUUGCACUCGGUUAUGAUGAAGGAAGUAUGAUUGUUAAGCUGGGUAGAGAAGAGCCUGCAAUGUCUAUGGACAGCAAUGGCAAGAUUAUCUUUGCUAAGCACAGUGAAAUAAGUCAAGCAAAUUUAAAGAACUUAGCAGAUUAUGAAAUCAAAGAUGGUGAGAAAAUUCCGCUGGCAAUCAAGGACAUGGGCUCGUGCGAAAUAUUUCCUCAGACGCUAUGUCACAAUCCCAAUGGACGAUUUGUGGUUGCUUGUGGUGAUGGCGAGUACAUCAUAUAUACAGCAAUGGCUUUACGGAAUAAAAGUUUUGGUAAUGCUAUGGAAUUCAUAUGGGCCAGUGAUUCUUCUGAAUACGCUAUUCGUGACGGCAACAAAAUAUCCAUUUACAAAAAUUUUAAAGAAAGAAAAUCGUUCAAACCAGACUAUGGCGCUGAGAAUAUUUUUGGUGGUAAUCUUAUUGGAGUUCGUUCAACCGCUGGACUUUCGUUUUAUGAUUGGGAAAAUAUCGAGUUGAUACGAAGGAUAGACAUCACGGCCAAGUCGGUUCAUUGGUCCGAUAGCGGAGAAUUAUGUGCAAUUGCUGCAGAUGAUACAAUAUAUAUACUUAAAUAUAAUCCUGAUAAAGUUCAAGAAGCGAUGGAGAAUAAAGAUGAGAUUUCAGAAGAUGGUGUUGAAGAUGCAUUUGAUGUUGUUGGUGAGAUUGAGGAUAUUGUAAAAACUGGACUCUGGGUUGGUGAUUGUUUCAUUUACACUAAUUCAGUCAAUCGUUUAAACUAUUAUGUUGGCGGAGAAAUUGUCACGAUUGCUCAUUUGGAUGGUACGAUGUACUUGCUUGGUUACAUUCCUAAAGAUAAUCGUCUUUAUCUUGGUGAUAAAGAUCUUAAUGUCGUUAGUUAUUCCCUUCUUCUUUCUGUACUCGAGUAUCAGACUGCUGUGAUGAGAGAAGACUUUGAAACUGCUAAACAGGUGCUACCGACUAUUCCAAAGGAACAACGUAACCGCGUGGCUCAUUUUCUUGAGAAGCAAGGAUACAAGCAACAAGCUUUAUCCGUGUCAUGUGAUCCUGAGCACAAAUUUGAGCUUGCUAUACAGUUGGGAGAGCUAAAGAUUGCUUAUGAUAUCGCUUUGGAAGAUCAGAAUGAGAAGAAGUGGAAACAGUUGGCAGAAUUAUCGAUCAAGAAUUGUGAGUUUCAUUUGGCUCAAGAAUGCCUACAUAGAGCUGAAGAUUUUGGAGGCCUGCUGUUACUAGCGUCGUCUGCUGGCCAUGCUGAUAUGAUUGCAAAACUUGCAGAUUCUGCUUUAGAAAAAGGAAAGAAUAAUGUUGCGUUCUUGGCAUUUUUCCUCUUGGGAAGACUCGAGGAUUGUCUUCAAGUUUUGUGCAAUACAGGUCGCUAUCCAGAAGCAGCCUUUAUGGCUAGGACAUAUUUACCAAGUCAUGUAUCCAGAGUUGUUGGUUUAUGGAAAGAAGAUCUAGCUAAACUAAACAAGAAAGCGGCGAAUUCUCUUGCUGAUCCAACUGAUUAUGAAAAUCUUUUCCCAGAAUUCCAAGAAGCGUUAAAAGCCGAAGAGUUUUUGAAGAAAGAAAGGUUAAAUCUUCUCCCUGCAUCAGAUUAUACUAAAGUAACAAACAAUUUUGAUCGCAAUAUCUUUGAAGAAAUCAAAGGCGUUAAUGUUUCAGUAGAAGCGAAUGUUGAUAACGUUACAGAUUAUGUAGCGAAUAUGAAUCUAACCAACAACACUGACCCCGAACCUCCUCUCGCUGAUGUCGAAAGUCCCGAAAACGAGCCAGCUGUUCAACAACCAGCGGCGUCUUUAACGAGCGAUGAGGAUUACGAUCUUGGUGAUGAUGACGAUGUUGACGUUGAUCUGGAUGAUGAUGAUGACGAUCUUGAUUUGGACGACGAUGAUUUACUAAAUGAUGAUUUAUAAAUGAGUGAAUAAGACAUGUCUUCAUUGGCACCGAUGGAUCUAUUGUUCAUUGACCUUUUACGUGUGGGAACGUGUUGGAACAAUGGAGGAUUAUUGCUGGCAAUUGUGGCUUAGACGAUAUCACAGCUAUAUAUAUAUGGGGAAUUUCAUUUUAUUUCAUUUCUUUAUUCAAAGUCAUUUAUUAGAUAUGUGUAUCUGUCAGAUUCCAUCUGUCUUUUGAUAAAAUUAUUAUUCUAUUUACUUGUGGCUUGAACAUGCCAAA